AUGUCUACACCGGCGGCUCUGCAAGCAAUGCAGUUGAAAGUUUUAGAAGAAAACGUUUCUGUGAUUAGAGAAGAGGAUGCCUCAGUAGAUAAGGCGACUACGGUAUUCGGUGAGAAUGCUGAAAAACUCAUUUCAUUGACUUCAGAGGUGGAGGCUCUUAAGCUUGGUGUCACUCAGGAACUACUAGUCAAAUGCAUCAGACAAAACCUUGGCUUUGCUGGAGGCAAGCCUGUUGCUGCAUAUCUCAUUUACAAAUGUCUACUUCACUGGAGAUCAUUUGAACUUGAAGAAACCAACAUCUUUGAUAGUAUCAUUCAAACAAUAGCUUUGGCCAUUGAAGUACCAGAUAACAAUCCCGUUUUGGUGUAUUGGUUAUCCAAUUCAUGUAUGUUACUUAAGCUACUGCAACACACAUUCACAAGUGCUACAAUACCAGCGUCCAGAGGAUGCAUGGGAGGUAGUGUAGUUUCUUCUUUGGAUAAACAAAUGCACGUUGAUGCAAAGUACCCCGCAACUCUUUUCAAGCAGCAGCUUAUUGGAUUCCUUGAGAAGAUUGUUCUUCUAAGCCAUGUCUGUUGCUCUUUCGGUGAAGUGGAGUACGUUGAAGCAGGGUUGGCUGAAUUAAAACAGUGGUGUGUAGAGGCUACCGAUGAAUAUGUUGGUUCAGCUUGGGAUGAGUUGAAACAUAUCAGACAGGCAGCUGGAUUCUUGCAGGCCAUUAUUCAAAAGCAGGAAAUGACUUUAGACAAAAUAACAAGAGAACUCUGUCCGGUAAUGAUCAUUAGACUUUUACAUUGUUUUUUUUUGACAAACAUUGAAGUUGCUUUUGUCGUUCAGGUGCUAAGUAUACGGCAGCUCUAUAGAAUCAGUUCUAUGUACUUCGAUGACAUUUAUGACAUGAACAGUGUUUCUUCAGAUGUUAUCUCAAGCAUGAUGAUUACAUUGAUAGAUGACUUGAUGAACGAUGGAGUACGCAACGACUUUCUUUUGGAAGACGACUUGAGUAACGGCGGGUUAUCAAUCAAAGCAGCAUUUCAUUUACGGUGGAGGAGAUAUUAA